UCGGCCUGGACUGAAGUUGCGUUACCACGCUAGAUUGCUCUGCGUUCUGCUUUGAACCUCGCGAUCGCGUCAUCAUCGUCGUUGCACGCAAACAGCGUCAACUAUUAAAGGUGCGACAAAUGAAACUGGAGAAGUUAGUCGGUCGGAUAGCAUCUUAGGAACAAAGCUAAAUGGCUUUUUGGCUAUGAGAGAUCGGAAGUCAUGGGGGGUCGACACCGGGUGACCGCCUUCUCGCUUCUCACAUUCGUGUUGUUGUUGUGGCUGUUUUCUGGACGGAGCUGCGGCCAACCUGUACGAAAAUGUGCUGGCAACAAGCUAUGCCAGUCCCCGAGACCUCCAGUGGUCCUCGUUCCAGGGGACCUGGGAAACCAGCUGGAGGCGAAGCUGGAUAAACCCAGCGUGGUUCAUUACAUUUGUUACAAGAAGACAGAUACCUUCUUCACUUUAUGGCUCAACCUGGAGCAGCUUGUACCUGUUGCCAUUGACUGCUGGAUGGACAACAUAAGGCUGAUCUACAACAGGACCACACACACUACCUCAUCACCACCCGGGGUGAACAUCACCGUACCGGGAUUCGGCCAGACGUACUCAGUGGAGUAUCUGGACCCCAGUAAACGCAGUGUGGGUAUGUAUUUCUUUAACAUCGCACAGGCAUUGGUGGACUGGGGCUACACUCGAGGUGACGAUGUGAGAGGAGCUCCGUAUGAUUGGAGAAAAGCACCCAAUGAGAACAAGGAAUACUUCCUGGCAUUACAGCAGAUGAUUGAGGAGAUGGCAACCAAUGCGGGUCGGCCCGUGGUUUUGAUAGCUCACAGUAUGGGCAACAUGUACAUGUUGUACUUCCUCAACCAGCAGCCGCAAGCCUGGAAAGACAAAUACAUUAAAGCGUUCAUCGCUCUGGGAGCGCCGUGGGCCGGCGUGGCCAAGACACUACGUGUGAUCACCUCUGGCGACAAUAAUGGCAUCCCAGUCAUCAGGCCACUGAAGAUCCGCUCUCAGCAACGUACGGCUGUGUCCACCUCUUGGCUCCUUCCCUAUUCCCACACUUGGCCUAAGGAUAAGGUUUUGAUCCAGACGCCCACAACCAACUAUACCGUGAUGGACUACCAGCGACUUUAUUUUGACCUUGAUUUCAAGGAUGGCUGGUUGAUGCGUCAAGACACGGAGUCUCUGCUUUUCGACCUCACGCCGCCUGGCGUGGCCGUCCACUGCUUGUACGGCUCCGGCAUUCCCACGUCGGAAGCCUUCCAGUACACCUCCAAGUUCCCCGACGUGGAUCCCACGGUGGUGAUGGGCGACGGCGACGGGACGGUCAACCUGCUGAGCGCCACCCAGUGCAAACGCUGGGUGGGGCGGCAGAAACAACCGGUGACUUUGCAAGAGCUUCCCGGGAAUGAGCAUGUCAACAUGCUGCUCAACGUCUCCACUGUGGCCUAUAUCAAGAAGGUGCUGUUCUAGACUAUGAUGGGAAGCUCCCCCCCUCCCCGCCCCUCCAACAUACAGAAAACUGCCUCGGUCAUUUGAUCUGUUCAACUUACCAUUUAUGUUGCUUUGGUUUUUGCCCUCCGAAAUGCUUGGCUGUAGAUGCGACGCUGCCAAAUGGAAAGACGCAGCAGCUGUUUUGACACCUCUUACGUGACUAUUACUAUUAAUAUCGAAUGAACUAUGUUUUCAAAUGGCUGCUGCACAAGUGUUUAUUGUGAGGUUUUUUUUUUUAUUUUUAAUUCAAGCAUUUUUAAAUGAAUUUUAUACAGUUGGUGUCAGAAUGUUUAUGGAGAAAAUUAUA